AUGGAGUCGGCAAAACAACAAAGCUCGGAGACUUCAAGUACUGAAGAAAAUUAUGAUCGUCAAGAACAAGUCAAAGAGGACUCAUCAAGCCGUACAACAAUCUCUGCUAAACGCUCAUAUGAAUGUUCUUUUUGCAAGAGAGGCUUCACCAACGCGCAGGCCUUAGGGGGGCACAUGAACAUACACCGCAAAGAUCGAGCUAAUCGAACCAAAGACAAGCAACUUGCAAGUUCUUCGUCAGUAUCAAGCAAAGCCAGCGAGGAAAUCAAGAAUCCUAUAUAUAUGGUACCAAAUUCAAGUGAACCCACGAAGUACUAUCCGGUUUCGGAGGCUCAAAGGAAUUAUGGAACGUAUUUUCAGCAACCUGCAGGAUCUAGCCCUAGAGAGCCAUAUAGUUACAAACAUGGCAGUCAUGAUUUUCUUGUGCCGAGAUCUCAAUCCUUGAGCAUGAAUGACGAGCUUUGGGGUACAAGUAUAGGCUUGCAAAUUGGGUCUUCCAAUAUACAAGAUAACGGAGGGAAUAGGAGGGUUUCUGAAGAUGAUGAAGUCGAUUUGGAGCUUAGACUUGGCCAUGACCGCUAAUG